UGUAUUUUGACAUUUCUACGUUUUGACACUUCUUGGUUGCUGUCAUUUUAUAACCUCAAACCGGUGAUUAAAAAGAUUAUUUUGUUUUAUUUUUUAAUAAAAUAAGUGUAUUUGUUUUAAUUCAAAAACUCCAAAAAUUAAACACCUACAAAAAUGUUUUCACUCCUUCACAAAGAAGAGGCAGCUCAUGAAGAUGGUAUCUGGUCUUGCUCUUGGGGCAGGACACAAAUAGAGAAUGCCAGCCAAACCGAUGGUAAUACAACAGAUGAGGGUGAUGCACCCGCCCGUGGACCAUCAGAAUUCAAAGACUUCAUCGUUACUGGGGGACUAGACGAUUUGGUCAAAAUAUGGGACAUUCGAGAUGAUAAUACACUUAGCGUUCGUCAUCAAUUGACUGGUCAUUCUCUUGGAGUAAUGUCAGUGGCUGUGAGCUCCGAUGGACAAACAAUUGCAAGUAGUUCUCUGGAUUCAAGUCUCUGUUUCUGGGACUCAAAGUCGGGGCAGCAAAAGAAUAAAAUCGCUCUGGGUCCCGUUGACCUUUGGACAGUUGCCUUCUCGCCUUGCAAUAAAUUCGUGAUAUCAGGAUCAAAUGAAGGCAAAAUUUCAAUGUACAGCGUCGAGACGGGGAAGGCAGAGCAAGUACUGGAUCCCCAGAACGGCAAAUUCAAUCUCAGCAUCGCUUAUAGCCCCGAUGGGAAAUACAUCGCCAGUGGAGCUAUUGACGGUAUUAUCACAAUCUUCGACGUAGCAGCUGGCAAAGUUGUACAAACUUUGGAGGGACACGCAAUGUCCGUGCGGAGUCUUUGCUUCUCACCAAACUCCGAGAUGCUUCUCACUGCCUCCGACGAUGGUCACAUGAAACUCUAUGAUGUUGCUCAUUCUGACGUCGCUGGAACUCUCUCUGGUCACGCCUCCUGGGUGCUGUGUGUAUCCUUCUCUGAAGAUGGAAAACAUUUCGCCUCUUCCUCGAGCGAUACCACAGUGAAAAUCUGGGACUUUGCAGAACGAAAAUGUCUACACACCUUCUCCGAACACAGUGACCAAGUGUGGGGCGUCAAGUACAGUUUGGCUAACGACAAAGUCGUAUCCGUAUCCGAAGAUAAAUGUUUAAAUCUGUAUAAUUGUCCACCCAAUGUGGUUGUUUAAUCAUAAUUUUUAUACAAAUUGUAAUAUUAAAAGAAAAAUUUAAAAAAAAAAAAGACUUAAUUACCUCGGUAACAACUUUUAA